UGUCGAGCGAUUUGAUUGGAGCCACCUCACGUCGACUCCAGGCACCGCUGCAAGAAGCGAUCGGCAAGCUGUCGUCGUCACGCUCGCAGUACAUCACGACGACGCCGCGCAGCGAGCACCGCAGCCGGCGACGGAGACGCUGCAUGCAGGUGGCAUUGCAGCCGCAGCAAUUACGAAUUAGCCAUGGGUAAAGCGAAGAAGAAGGGCGGCAAGGCCGCCGCGGCAGAUGACGACGACUGGGACGCCUUGCUGGACGCCGAACAAGCCAAUCAAGCCCCGCAACCGCCGCCGCCACCGAAGGCCGAGGCGCCUGCACCCGCAGAACCAGCGAAAGCGGACGGCUCCGACGCCGCCGCCGCAUUUUUAGCAUCGAUGGGUGGCGACGCCCCAGCACCAAAAAAGGACGACAAGAAGAAGAAGAAAAAAGGCAAGAAGCCGCCGCCGAAGAAAAGCGAUGAUGCUCCAGAAGAAAAGAAGCAAUCUAAGAGAGGCGCCGAGAUCGCCGCGCGCUUGGCCGAACAAAAAGCCGCCGAGGAGAAGCUCGCGGCCGAGAAGAAGGCGGCCGAGGACAAGAUCCGCGCCGAGGAAGAAGCCGAGCAGCGCAAGUUGGACGAGGAAAAAAGGAAGCGCGAGGAGAAGCUCGCGCGCAAGGCCGCGGCGCGCGAGGAGGCCCGGAAGAACGGCACUUAUGAAACCAAAAAACAGCGCGAGGCUCGACUCGCUGCCGAACGUAGAAGGGCCUCCAUGCUCGCGUCGGGCAUGAUCAGUGCGGACACGAAGCCGUCGAAGCCCAAGUUCGAACGGAAGAAGAAGAAGGUCGUGGAGAAGGCGCCUGAACCGGAGCCCGAGCCCGAGCCCGAGCCCGAGCCGGAGCCGGAGCCCGCGGCCGAGGAGCCCGUCGACGACUGGGAGGCGGUGGACGACUGGGAGUCCGGCGACGUCGGCGCGAACCUCGAGAAGCUCGCGAACGAGAGCAAGGCCAUCGACGAAGAAGUGGAAGACGAGGCCGAGCUCGAGGCGAAGGCCGAGGCCGAGAAGCUCAAAGAAGCCGGCCGCAAGCUCAAGGAGCGGGAACGCAAGGCCCGGGAGGAGGAGGAGGCCCGCGCGAAGCUCGAGGCCGAGGCCGCCGCGGAGGCGGAUCGCGCGAAGCGGGAGGCCGAGCUGAAGAAGCUCGAGUGCCGCCAGAAGCGGCUGGCGCGGGAGAAGCGUAGGGAUGAUGAUCGAAGCGAGAGUCGUUUGAGGUCUCCGAUCUGUUGUAUCAUGGGUCACGUUGAUACGGGAAAGACGAAGCUGUUGGAUAAGAUAAGGCAGACGAACGUCCAGGACGGCGAGGCCGGCGGCAUCACGCAGCAGAUCGGCGCGACGUUUUUUGAUGAUGCAACUCUGAAGGAGAAGAUACGACCCGUGGCCGCUCAUCUCGCUUCGAUCAAGGAUCAGUCGUCGUCGUAUGUGGACGCUAUUCUCGGGCCGGACCCGGAUGCUCCUCGUUUAACUCUACCUGGGUUGUUAGUGAUCGAUACCCCAGGCCACGAGUCGUUCAGUAACUUGAGAAGUCGAGGCUCGUCGCUCUGUGACAUGGCUAUACUGGUCGUGGAUUUGAUGCACGGUUUAGAGCCGCAGACGCUUGAAUCGAUUAGCAUGCUCAAGAGGAAGCGCACGCCCUUCGUCGUAGCUCUCAAUAAAGUAGACAGGUGCUACGACUGGUCCCCGACCGAAGGGGCUUCUAUUCGCGAAGCUCUCGCCAAACAAGCCCAAAACACUCUAGACGAGUUCGAGCAGAAGAAGGCGAACGCCUUCACGGAGCUCAAUGAACAGAGCUUGAACGUAGCUUUGUAUUGGGACAACGACGACCCCGGGAGCACCGUGAGCGUGGUCCCUACGUCCGCCAUCACGGGGGAAGGUGUCCCUGAUCUAUUGAGAGUUGUGUUAUCUUUGACACAACAACGACUAGCGGCCAAGCUCAUGUUCGGGUACAACCUACAGUGUACUGUGCUCGAGGUCAAGGUCGUAGAAGGUCUCGGCGCUACUCUAGAUGUCAUCCUCGUGAAUGGGUGCUUGCACGCUGGUGAUACGAUGGUCCUGUGCACGCAGGACGGUCCCAUCGUUACUACUGCGCGAGCGUUGUUGACACCGCCACCUUCUCGCGAGACAAGGGUCAAGUCUGAGUUAAUAAAACACGAGUCGCUGGAAGGUGCUAUUGGAUUGAAGAUCACGGGCGAUCCGGAACUCACGAAAGUCGUACCAGGCACGGGUAUACUAGUGAUGCACCAGGACGACGACGUCGAGGACCUCAAGGUCCGUCACACAGCGUGGAUAUCCUUACGCCAUCGACGCGCGUCGUCUGGGGGUCGCCGCGAUGGCGUGAGGUCGCUCGCACCGACGCCGUCGCCGCGACGCCGCCGACGCGAUGCCGUGAGAGCCUACGCGUCUCGCGAACGAACAUUGUAUAUGUGCCACGCAGGAGGAGUGCAUGAAGGACAUCGCCAAUCUCUCAGAUACGUUAGCGACGGAAGCGAAGGGCGUUACCGUGCAGGCUUCCACGCUAGGUGCGCUAGAAGCCUUGCUCGAGUUCCUGCGAAACCCCGGGAAAGAUAGACAGGGCAAAGAACGCCCACCAAUACCCGUGUCCGGCGCCACGGUCGGUCCCAUCCACAAGAAGGACGUCAUCAAGGCGGCGAUCAUGGCCCAGAAGGGUUCGGAGGAGUACUCGUGCAUUUUGGGCUUUGACGUCCCGGUGGACCCCGAAGCGCAGGCCUACGCGGACAAGAACCAGGUCAAGAUCUUCACGGCGGACAUCAUUUACCAUCUCGAGGGUCAUUUCACGAGACAUCUAGAUGAAAUCAUGGAACGCAAGCGGAACGAGGCGCGGGACGUCGCGGUCUUUCCCUCCUUGUUCAAGAUCUCGAAGAAUCAUGUGUUUAACAUGAAGGACCCCAUCAUCCUCGGGGGGGAGGUCGUCGAUGGUAUUCUGAAGGUUGGUACUCCAUUAUGUAUCCCUCAUCUCGGGUUCUUGGAUGUCGGCGUCGUGCAGUCGAUCGAGUGCAAUCAUAAAGAUGUGCAGACGGCUCGCAAGGGCCAGGAGUGCGCCAUCAAAAUCGUGAACCACGGCAACCCGAACAUGACGUACGGGCGGCAGUUCGACCACAACCACCAGCUGUUCUCGAAGGUGAACCGGGCGUCGAUCGACGCCCUCAAGAAGUACUUCAAGGACGACAUGCAGGACGCGGACUGGCGGCUGGUGAUCAAGCUGAAGAAGGUGUUCUCGGUGAUCUAGUCUAGGUGGGUAAGGGUAGUACUUAUCCG